AUGCCAAGACGGUACCGAAUUAGCGCCUACGAUCCAGAUCAUUUCCUGUCAGCUGCAACUCCAGUUCACUCCGCCAAGGGGCGCCAGCUUCUACGGGUCCAGCUUUAUCUGACGCUGAGGCUGGAAAACGGUGUCCUGUCUCUUAGGCAACCAUAUCAACUUCCGGUUCGCGGCGAGGACUUGGUUGGCGAGUGGCCACAGUUCCGCUACGUGAUUCGCGCGGGCGCCUUGGGUACUAGAGGGCGCGCGUCAGAUAUCUGCAGCGACCAGCGGCAGGACUGGUUAUCUCGAGCCGCCAAGCUGGAGUUGGAAGUGGAACUCCGUGGGACCGGGUACCCGGUGGUCGGGAAGCGGCUUCUCCAGGAUGAGGUCCCGGAGGAGAAUGAGCCGGAGGCGGUAGCAGGUUCCCGGCGCAGCGGCGGGCGCGGGAGACUGCUGCACUGGUUCGUCACAGUGAUCCUGUGUGCCGCCUUCCUGGGGCUGGGAUUGAGUAUCUCUAUUGUGGGACCCACAUUUCAAGAUUUGGCAACAAAUUUAAACCGAAACAUCAGCAGUAUUUCUCACAUUUUUGUGGGCCGUGCUUUUGGAUAUUUGACUGGCUCUGUGAUCGGUGGAAUUCUUUUUGACGCUAUAAAUCCUUUUUUACUUUUGGGGCUCUCGUUGUUGGCCACCACCGUGGGCCUUUGUCUCGUGCCAUUUUGUAAGGCAGUAGUGCUGCUGGUUGUCAUGAUGGCCAUCUUUGGUGUUUCGAUGGGCAUUCUGGAUACAGGUGGUAACGUCUUAAUCUUGGCUAUUUGGGGUGACGCAGGAGCCCCGCACAUGCAGGCCUUACACUUCAGUUUUGCCUUGGGGGCCUUUCUGGCUCCCCUGCUGGCUAAAGUGGCCCUGGGCACGCCGGUGGCUGCUGGAAACCACACCGAGGGGGAAGGUAACUAUUCUUCUCUCAGCCGGUCACCUGAAGCUGACUCAGAAUCUCUGUUCGGAGUACCUGACAAUAUAAGUUUCUUGUGUGCUUAUGUUAUUAUCGGUACUUAUAUUUUUGUAGUUUGCCUCUUUCUUUUUGCUCUGUUUUUAAAGAAAAGCUCACAGCAGGAAAAAGCGAAAGCAUCUGCCCAGAGGUCUCGAAGAGCUAAAUAUCACCACACCCUUCUUUGUCUCCUUUUUGUGUUCUUUUUUUUUUAUGUUGGAGCUGAGGUCACUUACGGCUCUUACGUUUUCUCCUUUGCCGUCACCCAUGCCGGCAUGGCCGAGAGUGAAGCGGCUGGGCUGAACUCCAUGUUCUGGGGGUUCUUCGCAGCCUGCAGGGGCCUGGCAAUCUUUUUUGCCGCGUGCUUACAACCCGGAGCAAUGAUCGUGUUGAGCAAUAUCGGCAGCCUGGUGUCGACUUUAUUUCUGGUGCUUUUGAGCAAUAACGCGGCUUGUCUGUGGAUCGCAACCUCAGGGUACGGAGCCUCGAUGGCAACCACGUUCCCCAGCGGUAUUUCUUGGAUUGAGCAGUACACAACCAUCCACGGGAAAUCGGCAGCGUUUUUCGUAGUUGGUGCUUCCCUGGGAGAAAUGGCUAUUCCUGCAGUCGUUGGAAUUCUUCAGGAGAAAUACCCUGAUUUACCUGUAGUUUUGUACACCUCUCUGGGGGCAGCAGUAGCCACUGCUGUUUUGUUUCCUGUGAUGUAUAUGUUAGCCACUUCACCACUCAGUCGUCAGCGAGAAGAACACAGAAGUGAGGACCAGAGAGCUUUGCUCCCAGGCCCUGGGCUAAACGACUACGAGGAAGAUAAUGAAGAUGAUGAUGCUGAAAAAUGGAAUGAAAUGGAUUUUGAAGCGAUUGAAAUGAAUGACACAAUGAGGAAUUCUGUACUAGAGACAGCUAGAAGUAUUUUGAUGGAGCCCACAGCAGAAAUCUCCAACCAGUUCCACUCACAUGCAUUCAUGUGUGAGUUCUCCACGGUUAAUAUGGGCAAGUCCCCUGUGGACCAGUUGCAAGAAACCAGGACCAAAGGGACUAGCACUGAGAGAAGAUGGAUAAUUCACUGACUUUUUGAAUAAUUGCCAGUUCUCAAGAAGCCAGUCAGAGCAGGGCAUUAGCAGAUUUUUCAGCACAGUUUGGGGGUCAAAAUGUCUAGGUCAGAGUAUAGCAAACGCUAGAAGGUUUUGAUACAUUCUGUAAUUCCCAGAGUCUUCCAUGGAGAACCAGUGGUCUCACCCAGCAGGAUCUUGUGAGGCUGGUGUUUGGCAUGUGGCUGAUUAGGUAAUAUUUUACAGUCUUCAUCUUUCAGAUGAUUGAUUUCAUCUUUCAGAAAGAAGAUUGAUUCAUUGAACAAGUUACCAAUUGUCAGUAUUCUGCCAGGAAAGUUGAAGAGAGUCCUCUCAUAAAAUAGCCUCUUUGAACAUGGGCAGAGAUUGUGUUUACUUAUUUUACGCUGCCUGUACUGUUGGGCCACAGAACGCUGAUACCUCGUUUGAUUUUGAUUCCCAUGAAGAGAACACAGAACGGGGCCCUACAAACAUGGCUUCAAGCCUUGACUGCUGCUUACUAGCCUUCUGGCCAUGCAUGCGGUCACUUAACUGGCCUCGGCCUUGUUUACCUCAUCUUUUGACUGGGAUUCCAUAAGUGAAAAUGAGAUAGUUUUCAAACUAGGAAUCUCUAAGUUUUAAAGUUUGUGUAAGUUGUCUGCUAGGAAUUAGUGUCAGUUCCACUCCAUUCUUCAUUUCAAAGGAGAAGUGAAACAAAAUCAGUAGCUUCAAGGAUGUGCUGCUGAUUAUAAAUACAUAUGAGUUUAAGAAACUCAAUGUUUAAUACUCUAUUUGAAUAAUUACCCAAGGAAUACAUUUUUUAAGUUCUGAAUUUUAUUGAUUCAAAGAUUCACCUUUUCCCCCCACAUUUUUAACAUCUCUGAAAUCAGAAUAUAUCUUAAAGCCAAUGAUCAUUUAACAUUGUGACAAACUUAACUGGAAGUUCUUUUCCAUAUAUAUAAUGUCGCAUUUUACAAUCAGUGUCUUAGAUUCUGCAGAAUCAGUAUUUCAAUCGAUUAUGGAGAUUAUUUUUAGCCAUUUUAAAAGGAAAAGGGUUUUUUUGUAUGCUAGUGUCCUCAAUGCUCAAAUGAGAUUUGGACAUGCUGUGUUCCAAGUGUCGGUUUUGGAGCUGCUGUGUUCGUGGUAGGACUGAGCAGGGUCUCCUGAGGUCGUUCGCCUGCCUCGGCAGCAGCCUGGGUCUGAGCCUUGCUGUUUCAGAAUCUCCUCCUCGAGUCCCAUUGUAAGCACUGAACCCAGGCUUAGUUCCAUGGACAGUUAAGCACAGUUUCUAGUGAUUGGAAUACUUGCAUCCCUCAUCCAGGGCUCCUCUGUGAGUCUGAAUUACCAAGGAAACCACAGUAGUGGUGAGGACGCAGCUUGGUGGCCUAGGAGUCGGGACCACAGAGGGCACUUCCUGCGAAGGUGGCAGAGCAGGUGUGGGUGGCCCUUUGAAAAAUGACUGAUACUGAUGACAGAUUUUGUUCGCAUCUCUUUACCACGUUUUAUGCUGAAUAACAUGGAAAUUCUACCUUA